AUGUUUCCCACUACAUUCAAACCGCCCUUUACACCAGAACAUUCGUUGCUUCGGGACGAAUCGAGCGGAAAUGUACCAGGAUUCCCCCGCGUCCAUCGUCACGACAGGGAUCAGGUCAAGAAGCUACUUACAUCUGAACUCUGUUCGGAUGAUCUAGAUCGAGUUUCAGAUAAGCUUUGGUGGAUGUCAAAACAAGAUAGCACAAGUAUAUGGCCACUGCAUCGACAGUUACUACAAGGCCGGUCUAUCGUGGUGACAGAGAAUCCAAAGCUGCAUCUUGUAUGGAUUAACGACCGUAUUUUCAUCAAGCCUCUUCCACGGUUCAUCGGAUCCUUCGGUUUCUGGAAAGAUCAUCUUUGCAGUAAUAAUACAAGCGAAGAUGUGCGUAUUAGAAGAGCCGCCUUGGGUUAUCUACGCACAUACUUCUAUCUCAUCCAGCACGAGUCUGACUUUCGCAUCGCCAAAGAUCCUACUCUUUGUCUUAUACCUGAAAGUAUCACCUGGGAGCAGUUCUGCGAUUUCAUCUCUGAUCUUGAUAAAAUUCUGGACAAGGACGUUUCUCAGCGUUAUAGUUAUGGUCAAAUCCGCCUCACUCGUCUAAACUUCUACGCUCCGGUUAUUCUCAAUAAGUCUUAUUUCCAGAGAGUCGACUUCCAAUACGGACAGUACUUUGCGCGCUUCUAUGCACCGGUUCUAUUCGCAUUCGGUAUCACAUCUGUGACCUUGAGUGGACUUCAAGUCGUGGCGUCGCUUGAAAUAGGUGGCGGCGCUAACUGGCAAGGACUGGCGCUUGGUGUCAGCGUCUUGGCCAUCUUGGUCUCUUUUGGGCUUCUUAUCGGGUUUGGGGUUCUACUGUCUUGGAAAAUUGCUAAAGAGUGGAAAUUUGCUAUCAGAGAACGGCGCCGUUUGAUAAAGACUGAACGAGUCGUGUGUUUAUCCGCAGCGGAGGCAGCAUCAGCAAUGGCAGCAGGUAGCCACAAAAACUUCAGACUACGGGGCAUCCCGCUUGAAUGCGAGACCCGGGGUGAGGCCUGCAGCCUCAUUCAAAAGACCCUUGCACUCGAGCCCAACGCUAGCCCGACUGUUUACUCGCUUGCAUGUUCCCCUACCGAUCCCAAUAGCAAGAUUGCUACACUUAGCUUUCCUUCUAUUCCAGACUGUUUAUCUGAUCGCUCAAGAGUUGAGUGGAGUUUCGACCUAUCGGAAGAUAACGAGAUCGAUUUUGGCAGGUCACUUUCUUUCGAUACACAUUUUAUAGGCUUCACGCCUUUUCAUCGCACAAGCGAUAAGGACUGCCAUAUUGAUGUCAUUGCAGUUUGCGGUCUUGGAGGACAUGCGCUGGGUUCAUUCAAAGAAAAGAAUGGCCGUUUCGUUUGGCUUCGGGAUGCUCUUCCGUCCGAUAUGCCGAAUGCAAGGAUUCUAACCUAUGGAUAUAACAGUCGACUAGUCGGCAAUCAACCCCGUUCGAUACUUUUCAUUGGGCAUAGCCUUGGUGGGCUUGUCGUUAAAGAGACCGUACGAAUAUUGGAAGAAGAGCCGCUUGGCUCCGACCUCGCGAUCCUAAACGCCAUCGUGGGCUUCGCCUUCUUUGGCGUCCCCCACCGAGGUUUGGCAGUUGAGUGUCUUGUGCCUCUGGUGAAGGACAACCCUAACCGGGCACUUCUUGAAUCCCUCAGUAAGAACUCAUCUCUUCUCGAGCGUCUACAAAUUGAGUUUGAUAAGAUAUCAAAGGCAAGGAGACUUUCUGUUGUAUCUUUCUAUGAGACAGAAAAGUCACCUACCGCGACUUGGAUAAAUGGCAAGUGGGAGAUGUCUGGCCCUAGCGAAGUGCUGGUUGAAGUAUUCUCGGCAACGUGCGGCUGUCAAAAGCAGCACCCCAUCAACCGUAACCACUCUGAGAUGGUGAAGUACAGUGGCGUGCAUGAUCAGUUGUACAGAAGAGUGUUAGUUGCCCUUCGUCCCAUACUUGGCAUAUCACGAGGGCGGCCUGGCACUGCAGGCAUAGGAGCGGGUCUACAAGUUUAUGCACGACUUUCUAGUGACGAGCUGGACUGUCUCAAGUCACUUUCAUUUCCUGAGCAAGAGCACAGAUACUCCGAAAUUUCCUACGCUAACGACACCUGCGAUUGGCUCCUAGAAGAUCAGAAAUACCAGACAUGGAUGAAUGAAUCUCGUGGACUCUUUUGGAUCAAAGGCUGUCCUGGAACAGGCAAAUCGGUCCUUAUGAAGUUUGCCGUUGAUGUGAUGGAACGUAGGAAGUGCGAAGAGCUUGUUGUGUCCUUUUUUAUUCAUGGUCGUGGGGUGCCAUUGCAAAGAACUGCAUUGGGAAUGCUCCGAGCGUUGCUAAGUCUUUUGCUUAAAUCGUUUCCAAAAUACCUCUCCGAGCUCAUGGAACGUUUCCAAGAUCAACAACAGCGAUAUGGAUCGUACGAACAGAAGGGCGGAUGGCGCUGGAAUGAGAAAGAGCUUGAGGCGUUUCUAGCCAGGCUCUUGAUCAACGGAACUAAAGACCAACCGGUGGUGAUAUUCGUUGACGCACUUGACGAAUGCGGGGAAGAAGAUGCUAAACGGCUAUUGGCAUAUUUUAAGGACAUUAUGAGCGACUCCGAAUGCAAAGGAUCCUGUGUGAAGAUAUGCUUUUCCUCUAGGCAUUUUCCGAUACUUGGUCAUGAGAUUAUGCCCAGUAUCUAUGUGGAGCAGAGAAAUGACAACGACAUAAGACUGGUAGUUGAAAACCGGCUCAAGGACAUCAGGCCGGACCGAAAACGUCGUCAGAUUGAAAAUGAGAUCUCACUGAAAGCCCAUGGAGGGUUUCAAUGGGCAGUCCUCAUCAGCAACAUGAUACGCGAUCAAGAUAUGACAGGUGGCAGAACUGAGGAUUUGCUCAACACGAUUUCAUUAAUUCCUCCUGGUCUCGAAGAGCUCUACCGCAUCAUUUUGCAAGACGAGAAUGAUGAUCAGCAAAAGCAAAUGACUAAGCUGUUUCAGUGGAUUCUGUUUGCUAAGAGACCUUUAUCAGCACAGGAACUUCGAGAGGCGCUCGCUACUGACAAGGAUAUGGCCUACGCGACGGUCUCAGAGCUUCGAUCUCGUGGGAACUGGUCUGACAAUGUGUGCCAGUUCGAAAUGCGAGUUCGAUACAUCUCCAGAGGACUAGUGGAGUUUCGAGAUCGAGAUGUCUAUGAACAGUAUGAGCCCGGGGGAGAGGAAUGGAGUCGCGAGGCUCAGUUCAUACACCAAUCAGCUGCGGAUUUCGUCGCUCAGAAAUUUCUCCCUGGUUUCGGUGACGGUCAAAAUCCAAUACCACGGUCCCCUGAUGGAAUCGGUCAUUAUGAGAUCUCUAGGUCUUUUCUCAACUACUUGACACUCGAGGAAAUCCUGAAGGGAGGGAGCUUGCCUCGAAAGCAACUCUCAGCAGCUUUCCCACUUCUGCCAUAUGGGACGGCAUUUCUUCUGAGCCAUAUUAUGGAGGUUGAAGUUGAGGGGAUUCCGCAGACAGACCUAGUGGCUCUCAUUCAAUGGGGCCGGCCAGAGCGACUGAGAAUGGUUGCAAGGAUAUGGAGAAAAAUGGAUCCUGAGAGUACCCAUGCGCCAAGAGGCUGGCCAUUCCUCGGUUCCACUGCUCUUCACCUUGCGGUAGCGUUCGGUUCUGCUCAACUUCUGGAUACCCUACUGCAAAAGGAUAACUCGGAUUUGAAUGCUCGGGACCUCGAAGGAAAUACCCCCUUGCAGCUUGCUUUGAGAGAAAACUUUCAAGAAUUGGCUGUCAUGAUACUGGAUCGAUCAAGGACAUGGCAGAUUGAGUACGACACUGCUACUUCUCCCGGCUGGCCAGGUGGGCCUGGGGUGCCAGGUAAAUACCUCAGUCACAUCAAUGCCACCAAUAAUGACGGUGAUACACCUUUGGGCCUGGCUGUUUCCAUCAGGGCUGACAACUUAAUACGACGCUUGAUUGAUGCAGGUGCUGAGAUCAAACAUGAGAAGUCGCUAGUGUUUUAUGCCAUCAGUCAAAAGAAUAAGACACUAGUCCACCAGCUCAUCAAAGAUGGCUCAGAUCUUGAUGGCGCUGUGUUCUUUGCAACACAAUGUUUAUGUCGAGCCAAAGGUGAUACUCACAGUUUAUAUGAACUUGUGGGUGAUUUGCUAGAAGCUGGUGGUGAUACAUGGAGAUUUUCAGGUGUCGAGAUCAAUAGUUUCAACGGCGAUGACGAUGAUGAUGAAGAGGAUGAAGAAGCCAUUUUUGUCGCUUCCCGUGGAGGCGAAACAGCGCUAGUUGAUCUCCUAUUAUCACACGGCUCUUCGGCAACGUUAAGAGGUCAAGGUCAUGCAGUUCCAAUACUGUUGGCUAUUGAAAACGGAUCUCCCACUACCGCCAUAAUAUUGUUUCGAAAUUCACCUGAGACAAUAUUUUCAAAAGAUGCCAAUGGCAUGACAGCUUUCGAAUUGAUUCUACGCACUGCUCAGGUUGACCUUGCGCUUAAAUUGGUGAAGGAGGGUGGCGAGGUUCUCACCUUGCAGAUGUUGUUUUAUCGGGCUGUGAAAAUGAAGCAUCUCCAAUUUGUGGAGGCUUUAUUACGGAGGGAUAAUAAUGCCAUACAUUUGGCCAAUAUAUACUGGAAAGGGGGGGAAGCACCAUUCCUGAUAGCUAUACAUGGAGAGGAUUAUGGUAUGGUCCGUCUUCUUCUCCGUACAAGCAAAGUUGGCAUUAGAGUCCGGGACCUAUAUGGCAACACCCCAUUCUUUGUUGCUGUUCAGCUUGGGUACCUGAAUAUUGCCAAACUACUGUUCGAGGAAGGGAAGUUUGUUGUGGGUCAGGAGGAUUUCGAAGAAAGAGCCGACUCUGCAGAGUCUAUUGGAGAGGAGUACCAAGAUAUGUGUAUGUCUGUUUUCCCAUCCGGAUCAGGGGUUUACAGGGUCAUAAGACGCCCUAAUAGACUGAGAGAAUGUCUUUGGUGGGCCGUCAAACGCGGAGAGUUAAGAAUGAUGAAGCUGCUUCUCAAUGAGAGCAAGGUUGAUGCCAAUCAGCACGAUGAUGAAGGACAAACACCACUCUCAUGGGCGAUCGAGAAGGGGAGAGAAGAUAUUGUAAAGAUUCUUCUGAGCAGUAAUAGGGUUGAUGUGCGUGCCAGGGACAAGACAGGGCAAACGGCUUGUUGGUGGGCAUUGGAAACCCGAAAUGAUCGCAUGAUUCAACUACUUCUAGGUUCGGAGUUGUUUUAUAUCCACGCAGAAGACGACGAGACGGGACGCAAGCUGUUCUGGUGGGCAGUUGGAAAAGGGAAUAUUGGCGUCAUUAAAAUGCUUCAUGAUUCGGGCAAGUAUGAUAUCAAUUCGAGGGACCCCUCGGGAAGGACGCCGUUGAUAUAUGCCGCAGAGACAUGUGCUGAGGAGGCCAUGAGGGUACUUCUCAUGGUCGGUAAGGCUGAUAUACACGCGGUUGACAACAGAGGCGACACAGCACUUUCAAUAGCUGUAAAGAGGAGUUGGAGGACUAUAGUCGAUCUGCUGUCGUCUUACAAAGAUACGAGCAGUGGCAUUGCUAUUAGAGUCGUGUAG